AAAUGUGGCCCGUGUUUUUGUUCUGUUUUCGUGAUUUCUUCUCUCUCUCUAUUUUCGCGAAACGCCGACGAUUUCAUCACUCCGACGGUUUUGAUCCGUCGAUUUCAUCUCUUUCUCUCAGGAAUCUCGUUUUUGAUCUGCCUUCUUCACUCUCUGAUGUUGUCUCCCUCUCUCUCUCUCUCUAAUUCUCGAAGUUUCCACCAGGAAAAUCUCAGCCGCUCGGCUUCAUCCGUCGAAUUGAAUGGAGAUUGCGUUUUUAAUCCGUCUUUAUCAUCAUCUGCUGGAGAAAAUGCUGUGCUUCCAAUCAGGUUAGCUUUUUUCUUUAAUGAAAUUGAUUAACAAGUUUUGGUUUUGAGUGUCUACAUCAUACUUAUUGUUGUCUUUGUGUUUACUCUCUCCUUGGUAGUUGGUAUUGAUUACUUGUUGUGUCACACUUAAUCACCUAAGACUUAUUGUCUAAUUGAUUUCUAAUUGCUAGUUUUGUCACACUUAUUGUCUUUGUGUUUACUCUCGCCUUGGUAGUUCUUCUCUUUUAAUAAAAACCCAACCAGAAACACUUCUCUUUAAUCUUGUCACAUUUAAACACACACCCCUACUCUGUUUUAAUUAUGCCCUGCCUACUCAACAACAAAUCUUUGUUAUCAAUGCCUUUAGUAUCUUUGUUAUCAAUGUCUUUAGUUCUUUUGUUAUCAAUGCAUAUAGUCACUUAACACUUCACACACAACUAACACACCACGCCUUUCUCUUGUUAUAUAUGAACCUCUUCAUCUCUAACUUAACACAUACCAAAAAUACUUCCUUUUGUUCUAUCCUGCUUCUUUCAACACUAACCAGAGAACUAGGCUAUGGAUCCAUAUCCAUAUAGUCAAACUUCAGGCUUUGUGAACCUCUUAACUAGUCAACAAGAGGUUCACUCUCAGGAUCCCAAUCCUUCUGAGUAUGAUCUUGUCUUUAGUACCCAAUGUACUGCUCUCCAAGCCAAGCUGCACACACACCUAAGGUGAAAAGAGGGAGAAGGAAAUGGUCUCCCACAGAAGACAUGGUGCUCAUCAGUGCUUGGCUCAACACAAGUAAGGAUGCAGUGAUAGGCAAUGAACAAAAGGGUAAUGCCUUUUGGUCACGUAUUGCUGACUAUUAUGCUGCAAGUCCAAAUCUCAAAGGUGUGGAAAGGAGGGAGACAGAUCACAUAAAGCAGAGGUGGGCUAAGAUCAAUGAUGGUGUAUGCAAAUUUGUAGGGAGCUAUGAGGCUGCAUUAAAACAACAAUCAAGUGGCCAGAAUGAUAAUGAUGUGAUGAAACUGGCUCACCAAAUCUUCACCAACGACUAUGAUGCAAAGUUCUCUCUUGAGCAUGCUUGGAGAGAGCUUCGCCAUGAUCAGAAAUGGUGUUCAGCCCCUUCUACUAAAGCCACUGGACAACCAAAAAGAAGAAAGACUCAGAAGUUUGCUCAUUGCGGAAGUUCUCAGCCACUGUCCCAUGGAGUAGAGGAAGCAAUGCCUCGUCCUAUUGGUGUUAAGGCUGCAAAGGCGAAAGCAAAAAAGACUGUUAGCAAGCCAAGGAGUGUGGAAGAGGAAGGGAAGGCUCUCACUGUUUUUCAGUCUAUGUGGGAGAUCAAGAAGCAGGAUAAUGAAAUGAAUGCGAAGUUAGUCCAGAAUAAGAUGCUGGACAGUCUCCUAUCCAAAACAGAGCCACUUACUGAGAUUGAAGAGGCUCUCAAGAACAAACUAAUUAAUGACUUUCUGUCAUAAGUUAUUGCUUUCUUUUGUUUCAUGUUUCAUAAGUUUGUCUGUUAUUUGUUUCUGUUAUUUGUUUCAAUGUAAUGCUUGAAAUGUCAGUUUUUAAAAUGAAUGGUAACUUUGUGGUAUGGUAAUGGUAAUGAGAAUAUGAUGAAUUUCUGUCAGUUUUUUUGUUUCUGUCAGUCUUUCUUUUUGAUAGUUAUGGUAAUGAGAAUUCAUGAGCUGGUGACAUUUGAUGAAUCAAGCAAAAUAAGGGUUCUUGGAAUUGGGAUUGAUUUUAGCAAAAUUGAAGUCUCUUAACUGCAAACAUUUGGUUGUCACUUUCCGUGCCUAUUCUAAGAAACAGAUCUUCAUGAUACUGCAGGAAAGGCUUGUGGUAAGUCUACCUCAGCUUUUGAUAUAAGCUGCCUUUUAUAAGAGAGGAAUGUCUAAUUAAGUUUUCAUAGCAAAGCUACAAUGAAUGAAUGCUUGUACAUCUUCUAUUUCUUUCUAUGAAUGCAUAAAUGCUUGUAUAUAUGGUUUCUUGUAGUGAAAGACAUCUAAAUACAAAAUUUGAAUUUUUGUUUUCUUAA